AUGUUCUCCUUCGCGUCUGUCCCGUUCUCCCCGCCCGAGGACGAGGAGGUCCAACAGCGAAAACCACGGUAUCCGGGCGAAGACACGACCCCUACCCGGAGAAAAGAGAUACUGGGAUGGUAUAUCUACGGCGUUGCGGCCGAAGUAUUCGCCGUGUCCGGUGUGGGUUCGUUUCUUCCCCUCACCCUUGAGCAGCUCGCACGCGAACGCGGAAUUUUACAACUUAGCCAUUUACCGUGUGUUGGAUCACCGUCAUCUGCCGGAAAUGGAACUGAAUCUGCCAUGGUGCAACGCAAUGGAACCGAGACCGCGGACGAGCAGUGCGUGGUCCCUGUGUUCGGGCUACAAAUCAGCACGGCCAGUUUUGCUAUGUAUACAUUCUCACUGGCCGUGCUCGUUCAGGCUCUGACGCUGAUAUCGUUCAGCGCCCUGGCCGACUAUGGAAAUAAUCGCAAGGCGUUGCUGAUCUCAUUUGGAAUCAUCGGGUCCAUUACGAGUAUGCUCUUCAUCUUUGUCCCGCCAUCAUUGUUCGUGGUCGGGUCGAUUUUGGUGGUCAUUGGUAUCACCUGUCUCGGAUCGUCUUUCGUCUUCCUCAAUUCGUUUCUACCAGUCCUCGUUGCAAACGAUACUUCCAUUCAAAGUAGCAAAGAUGAGCAGUCGCAUGAGCUUCCCGAAUUGAACACCGAUAGUGAAUCGACGGACUUCCGCAGUUCCGACGUGGAUGGUAUUGAAGGUGAUUACGGUUACGCCCGGCAUGCCUCUGCGUCCGUCGAGCCUGGUCCUACAGCAAAACCGCCGACGUCGUCGCCGUCCCCGGAGCUUCAGUUGUCUACUCAAAUUUCGUCGAAGGGAGUCGGUUUCGGAUACUGCGCGGCAAUCUUCGUGCAGAUCUUGAGUAUUUGUCUACUUCUAAUCCUCUCAAAGACAUCCUUGCCCAAAAAGUCAGCCUCGAUUCCCCUCCGAUGCGUGCUACUCCUUGUUGGGAUAUGGUGGUUUUCGUUCACAAUGCUAGCUCGACGGUGGCUGCGCAACCGGCCUGGACCUCCAUUGGAGUCGUCGACUCCAGGACACAAGAGUCGGUGGAAAAUCUGGCUCAGCCUAGUGGCGUUUGCGUGGAAGUCAUUGUGGAAGACGGUCAAGGUGGCGGUUCGGCUACGAGAAGUGAUUAUUUUCCUCGUUGCAUGGUUCCUCAUAUCAGACGCCAUGGCCACGGUCUCCAGUACUGCCAUCCUCUUCGCGCGGACGGAAUUACAUCUGAGUACGACAAUGGUGGGAUUGCUGUCGAUUACGGCCAUCUCGUCUGGCAUGCUAGGUGCGUUUCUGUGGCCAGUUGUGUCGAGGCGGUUCAGGCUCAAGUCGACCCAUACGAUCAUCCUCUGUGUAGUGCUGUUCGAGCUCAUCCCGCUGUACGGCAUGCUGGCAUAUAUCCCACUAUUUAAGAAAUGGGGAGUGAUCGGCCUGCAACAGCCGUGGGAGAUAUACCCUCUUGCGAUUGUACACGGAGCGGUGUCAGGCGGACUGGCAUCAUACUGCCGGUCCUGUUUCGGGUUGCUGAUUCCUCCAGGAAGCGAAGCAGCAUUCUACGCGUUGUACGCGGCGACGGACAAAGGGAGUUCUUUUAUCGGACCAGCCCUGGUGGGUAUGCUUGUUGAUGCGACCGGGCAAGUGCGAUCUGGAUUUUUCGUGGUCGCGGUCCUUAUUGCGCUACCGAUCCCGCUGGUCUGGAUGGUGAAUGUAGAGAAAGGACGAGUGGAUGGUGUGGCCAUGGCGGAGGCGAUUGAGACGUCCAAACUGAGCGGAGCGACGCCAGAUUUGAGUGCAGACGACACGGAGGAAGCCGAGCGGUUGCUUGCACGAGAAUAA